GGGAGGUUAUAACAACGGUCGACUGUUACAAGUAGUUGAUCGUUGUUUACACAACUUCAUCCCAUCAUCCGAAGAAUUUAGAUAUUUCUGAAUAUGUACGAUUUGGACGAAGACCAGUAUGAGGAAGACGAGGCCGAGGAGAUAUCCUCCGAGCUGUGGCAGGAGGCCUGUUGGAUUGUCAUAAACGCCUACUUCGACGAGAAGGGUCUCGUCAGGCAGCAGCUCGACUCUUUCGAUGAGUUCAUCCAGAUGUCGGUUCAGAGGAUCGUAGAAGAUUCGCCUCAGAUCGACCUCCAGGCCGAGGCGCAGCACAACACCGGUGAAGUCGAAACGCCUCCACGAUACCUUCUGAAAUUUGAACAAAUCUACUUGUCCAAACCGACUCAUUGGGAAAAGGAUGGCUCACCUUCACCCAUGAUGCCCAAUGUCGCUAGACUUAGAAAUUUGACAUAUUCGGCCCCUUUGUAUGUCGAUAUAACUAAGACCAUAGUGAAAGAAAAUGAAGACCCAAUCGAAACCCAGCAUCAAAAGACUUUUAUAGGAAAAAUCCCAAUCAUGUUGCGAUCCACAUACUGUCUCCUGAAUGGUUUCACUGAUCGUGAUCUUACUGAAGUAAGCGAGUGCCCUUUAGACCCUGGUGGCUACUUUAUCAUUAACGGUUCAGAAAAGGUGUUGAUCGCUCAAGAAAAAAUGGCAACAAACACUGUAUAUGUAUUCAGUAUGAAAGAUGGAAAAUUUGCUUACAAAGCAGAGAUCAGGUCUUGUUUAGAACAUUCGUCAAGGCCUACAUCUACUCUGUGGGUUAACAUGAUGGCAAGAGGAGGACAGAGCAUCAAGAAGUCUGCUAUUGGUCAGCGUAUUAUUGCCGUGUUGCCUUAUAUUAGGCAAGAAAUUCCAAUUAUGAUUGUAUUCAGAGCGCUCGGGUUUGUUGCCGACAGAGAUAUACUCGAGCAUAUAAUUUAUGAUUUUGAUGAUCCUGAAAUGAUGGAGAUGGUCAAGCCGUCACUCGAUGAGGCCUUUGUCAUCCAAGAGCAAAACGUUGCUCUCAGCUUCAUUGGAACAAGAGGUGCCAGAGCGGGUAUCCCAAAAGAAAAGAGAGUCAAAUAUGCCAGGGAAAUUUUACAGAAAGAAAUGCUGCCUCACGUUGGUGUCUCUGAUUUCUGCGAGACCAAAAAGGCUUACUUUUUAGGCUAUAUGGUACAUAGGCUUUUAUUAGCUGCCUUGGGACGAAGAGAGUUGGAUGAUAGGGAUCACUAUGGCAACAAACGUCUUGACCUUGCUGGACCUUUGCUAGCGUUUUUGUUUAGAGGUUUGUUUAAAAAUCUAAUGAAGGAAGUAAGAAUGUACGCUCAGAAAUUUAUCGACAGAGGGAAAGAUUUCAACCUGGAACUUGCGAUCAAAACCAAGAUUAUCACCGACGGACUCAGAUAUUCUUUGGCAACAGGAAAUUGGGGAGAUCAGAAAAAGGCCCAUCAAGCCAGAGCUGGUGUUUCUCAGGUGUUGAACAGAUUGACUUUUGCUUCCACUUUGUCCCAUUUGAGACGUGUAAAUUCUCCAAUUGGCCGAGAUGGUAAAUUGGCCAAACCACGACAAUUGCACAAUACUCUGUGGGGUAUGAUAUGCCCUGCUGAGACUCCAGAAGGUGCAGCUGUAGGGCUUGUGAAAAACCUUGCCCUUAUGGCGUACAUAUCUGUCGGAUCCCAGCCCUCCCCCAUUCUUGAGUUCUUGGAAGAGUGGUCCAUGGAGAACUUGGAAGAAAUCGCCCCAUCUGCAAUUGCCGAUGCUACAAAAAUCUUUGUGAACGGAUGUUGGGUCGGAAUCCACAGGGACCCAGAACAGUUGAUGGGGACCCUUCGCAAACUAAGACGUCAGAUGGACAUCAUUGUGUCUGAAGUAUCAAUUAUUCGAGAUAUUAGGGAUCGAGAAAUUAAGAUUUACACUGAUGCUGGUCGGAUCUGUCGACCAUUGCUAAUUGUUGAGAAAGGAUCACUUCUUCUCAAAAAAAGGCACAUUGAAAAUCUUAAAGAAAGGGAUUACAACAAUUACGGAUGGCAAGUGCUAGUAUCAAGUGGUGUCGUUGAGUACAUUGACACUUUGGAGGAAGAAACAACCAUGAUUGCUAUUUCUCCAGAAGAUUUAAGGCAAGACAAAGAGUUCGCUUAUUGUAAUACGUACACUCAUUGUGAAAUCCACCCAGCAAUGAUACUCGGAGUUUGCGCAUCCAUCAUACCAUUCCCUGAUCACAACCAGAGCCCUAGGAAUACAUACCAAAGUGCUAUGGGAAAGCAAGCCAUGGGAGUUUACAUUACAAAUUUUCACGUCCGGAUGGACACUUUGGCCCACGUACUUUAUUAUCCACAUAAGCCUCUUGUGACUACGAGGUCGAUGGAGUACCUCAGAUUUAGAGAACUCCCAGCUGGGAUCAAUAGCGUCGUUGCGAUCGCAUGCUACACGGGUUAUAACCAGGAAGAUUCUGUCAUCUUGAAUGCUUCAGCUGUGGAGCGAGGAUUCUUUAGGUCGGUCUUCUUCCGUUCUUAUAAAGAUUCAGAAUCAAAAAGGAUAGGUGAUCAGGAGGAACAAUUCGAAAAGCCUCAACGGCAAACAUGUCAAGGUAUGAGAAAUGCCAUGUAUGACAAGCUGGAUGAUGAUGGAAUCAUCGCUCCAGGUCUCAGAGUGUCAGGUGAUGAUGUAGUCAUUGGAAAAACGAUGACUCUCCCUGAAAAUGAUGACGAGUUGGAAGGAACAACAAAAAAAUUCACAAAAAGAGACGCUUCUACAUUUCUUCGUAACUCUGAGACUGGAAUUGUUGACCAAGUUAUGCUGACGCUGAAUGCUGAAGGAUACAGGUUCUGCAAGAUAAGAGUGAGGUCUGUGAGAAUACCACAGAUUGGUGACAAAUUUGCCUCAAGGCACGGGCAAAAAGGAACUUGCGGAAUCCAAUACAGACAAGAAGAUAUGCCAUUUACUUGUGAAGGAAUAUCACCUGAUAUCAUCAUCAAUCCUCAUGCUAUUCCAUCUCGUAUGACAAUUGGUCACUUGAUCGAGUGCCUCCAAGGCAAAGUUUCUUCAAACAAAGGUGAAAUCGGUGAUGCUACGCCUUUCAACGAUGCUGUCAACGUGCAAAAAAUCUCUACUCUGCUCCAGGAAUACGGUUAUCAGCUAAGAGGAAAUGAAGUAAUGUAUAAUGGGUUUUCCGGAAGAAAAAUCAAUGCCCAGAUUUUUAUUGGCCCGACAUAUUAUCAAAGGUUGAAACACAUGGUGGAUGACAAAAUUCAUUCUAGAGCAAGAGGCCCUGUGCAAAUCCUCGUUCGGCAGCCUAUGGAAGGAAGAGCGAGGGAUGGUGGCUUGCGGUUUGGAGAGAUGGAACGGGAUUGCCAAAUAUCUCACGGCGCAGCUCAAUUUUUGAGAGAGAGGCUUUUUGAAGUGUCCGACCCUUACAGGAUCCACGUGUGUAACCUCUGCGGAUUGAUUGCUAUUGCCAACACAAGAAACAACACCUUUGAAUGCAAAGGAUGCAAAAACAAAACUCAAAUAUCUCAAGUGAGGCUUCCAUAUGCAGCGAAACUUCUUUUCCAAGAACUGAUGUCCAUGAAUAUCGCACCGCGACUCAUGGUUGUCUAAGUGUUUUAUGUGAUCCUUUAUUUUUUUAUGUUUUCUCCGUGUAAUUAUUAUAUUUUAGAGUUAAUAAAUGAAUGGUGUUUCUUAAA